AUGCGACAAGUGCCAAUGCCAUGCACCAUUAGUGCACUAACCAGCAGAACUGCUGCAUUCGAUACUAUCCCCAUGACCAUUCAUGAAAUGAGGGAUGGAUAUAGUCAGGCUGCUACCACCGGCUCUCGAGAAGGCUCAAAGGUCACAAAAUUCCUCGAAGACUUGAAAAUUAAAAGAAUCACAUCUUCGUUGUACCGUACGAGCGCAAAUGGACAGGCAGAAUCAACAAAUAAGGUGAUUAUUCAAAACCUCAAAAAGAGGUUAGAAGCAGCCAAAGACAAGUGGCUCGAAGAAUUACCGGGAGUGUUGUGGGCAUAUCGGAUGAUGGCCAAGUCAAGCAAGGGAGAGACACCUUUCUCUCUCAUAUACGAUGCAGAAGCUUUGAUCCCAGUGGAAGUAGGAGAACCAACAGUGUGGUACUUCCAGACAGACAAAGAAACAAACAACGAAGCAAUGAUGGUCAAAUUGGAUCUGCUUGAAGAACCCAGGGACUUGGCGCACAUAAGGAUAGUGGCCAAGAAACAAAGAAUGGAAAGGUACUAUAACCGAAGGGCCAAUCUCCGUUAUUUCAAAGUGGGAGACUUGGAUUUGAGGAAAUGGACUCAAAACACCCCGAGAGCUCAACGCAGGAAAGUUGGACCCAACAUAGGAAGGCCCCUACAGAGUUUUAGCUGUCACUAG